CGCGUGCCCGUUCAUUGUCCAAUCAAACGCAGGCAAACGUAUCUUUAGGAGCCAUGGAGUUCGACCUCCUCGCAGCCUGGGGCAUUACCAUCCCGUCGCCACGGUCGUCCAGCGCAUCGAUGGCCAGUGCGAAGGAUGGAUAUCGGAUCAUUCGGCCGACGCUUCGACCCCCACUGCCCUCGAGCGUGUGGCGCGAUGCGAAUGCCAGCGCCCCGACGUCCACCGUACCACCGACGACGCGCCACUCUGCGCGGCUGCGGCGAAAUGGGCUUUGCAAACGGCCUGACUCGAUGAAGGGCAUCGUCGAGCAAGCGGUCGUCUGUCGACUCGCAUCGGGCGCGGAGACGACGACGACGGUGCGCGACAGUCUGCGCGUUGUGCGUGAUCGAACGCUGCACAAAGCCACCACCACGACGGCGUUGGCCGAGCGCUUGGUGAUCGAAGACCCCGAGUGUGCGCUAAAGCGACGCGUCCACAUGCAGCCACCGUGGCCCAAAGCCUACCUCCAUGCGUACUUGAGCGCACCUCCGCCGUCAACCGACUCCCGAGGCCUACGUCCGACCGUAUCAGCGACAAAACCAGCGCCGUCGGGACGGCCCCGCGCACCCGAGGCAGUCGCGUCGUCGUGCAGCUCUGUGCGCAGCGUGUGCUUGCAGUCGUGCGAGCCGUCCACACCGCUGGCAUCUCGGGUGGCCAAGACCAAGGAGAUGCUCAAGGUGUCGCGCCUGCUCGCAAAAGAGCGUCUCGCGUGUUAA